AUGUCGUUUGCGGAGUGGCUUGCGGCCUGCACGCAGCUCGCCUCCGAGGUCUUUGGCGCAGACGGCGCGCUGGCCGCGGCCGCAGCCGGCGGGGCUGCUUGGCAGCUCGCGGCGGCGGCCGCCUCGGCCGCGGGCGACGGUGACAGUGAUGACGUGGGGGCCGUCAGGGAGGGCCUCAGCAGCGGCGCCUCCAGCGCACGCGCGGCGGCGCUGGCCGACUUGGCGCGCUCUCAGCUAGACCAGGCGGCCGCCGCACUUGCAGCUGCUAUCAAUAGCGCAGACGGCGUUGGCAGCGCCGCCGCCGCAGCAGCGGCGGCGGGCGUUUUGCCGCCCGCGGCGCUGGCGCGCGCCGCCCUGGCCGCCAGCCCCGCAGCCCCGCCCGCCGCGGCCGCCGCUGUCGUCGCCAGCUGCUGCGGCGCGCUCGCGCCGCUCUGCGCCCUCUUGGGCGCCCCCCUCGACACGCGCUCAGAAGCGCAGGCCCCCGGCCCGAUCGCGGCCGGCGGCCGCGCUGUGGCGCUCCUCGCUGCGUCGCAUCUUUUCGGCGCCCUCGCAAGCCAGUUGCGGCUGCACGGGGACGAGCGGCGGCGGCAGCGGCGAAAAAGGGGCGGCGCCAUCAAUGGCGCCAGCGAUGGCACAGCAGCAGAAGCAGCAGCAGGAGCAGCAGCAGGAGCAGCAGCAGGAGCAGCAGUCGACGGAGCCUUGUGCCCAGCCAGCCUGCGCCGCCUCACGCGCUCCGCUGUGGCGCUGCUGCUGCUGCCGAGCGAGCUCGGCGCCGGCAGCGGCAGCGGCAGGAGCGGCAGCAACGGAACCCCCGACGCGCUCGCCGCGGCAUGCGGCCUGCCGCUGGUGGCGUUUAUCGAGCAGGGCGCUCUAGCCCUGAUUACGGGUCCCGGCGGCAGCAGCAGCAGCAACGAGCAGGCGGCAGCUGAGGCUGCUGAGUCAGACGGGUUUGUUUUCGCGCUGGACUGCUACAUUCAGCUGCUGCAGCGCCUGGCGCCGCCACCCAUCUGGCCGCGCCUGCCGCCCGGCCAUUGGGAGCUCGACGACCUCUCAGCCCUCGCGUCGGCCGGCGGUUGGGACGGUUGGAGCAGCGGUUGGGACGGCGGUUGCGGCGGCGCCAGCCGCGCCGCGCCCCUCCCCGCAGCCCCGGCCGCGUUGCUCUUCGAGGAGGUCCUCGGCAGAGGCGGCGGCGGCGGCGGCGGCGGGGGCGGGGGCGGCACGGCGCUGCUGCGCCAGGGGCUGCUAAUCGGCCUGAGGAGCGCCGUCGGCGCGGCGCGGCGCCACCACCUGCUGGAGAUGCACCCACUCAUGGAGCGGCGCCUGUCGGCGGCGGCGGACGCGGGGGCGCUGAUGGGACCGCUGCAGGCACGUGCUGAUUUCGCUGCUCCGGGUGGCACCGCUGCAUUGUUGGUUGUCCUGGAGUCCACCCAAGGCAGCCAGCCUCUGAGGCAGCUCUCGCACCACGCGCCCGCCUACACCUCUGCACUCUCGGCCGCGCUCGCACGCCUGGCCGCGGCGCCGGGGCCGGCAGCGGGGCCGGCCGCGGGGGUUUCAGGUUGCAGCGGCGGCGGCGGCGGUGGCGAAGGGGCGGGCGAAGUUGGGCGCCUCGCGGCCGCAGCGUGGGUGUCGAGGUGUUUGGAGUCGGUGGUGGGGAGGGAGGGGUCGUUUCCGCUGCAUGCGGCGGCGGUCGCGUCCGUGGCGCAGGCCGCUGCGGCGGCGCUCGCCCACGCCAGCGCCGGCGCCGACGCCGCGCCCGGUGAGGCGGCGGGCGCCGCCGCGGGCGCCGCAUGCGGCCUGCUGGCGUCGCUGCUGCGCCACCGGACGCGGGAGAUGCGGCGGAUCAUGGCGCCGGUGGUGGCGGCCUGCCGGGCGGCGCUGCGCGUGGCCGUUAGCGGCGGUGGCGGCGGCGGCGGGGCGCACCGCUUGUACUGCUCGGAGCAGCUGGCGCGCAUGUACCAGGCGGUAUCGGAUCAACGGCAGCUGCUGGGUAGCUACUGCCACCUGCUGCUCGCCGACUACGUGGUCGCGUCCGCCGCGGCGGCCCCCGCCGGCCGCGGGGGCCCCGACGCGGCCGCCGCCGCGCUGCGGCGCGGCGCGCACGCGCUGUUUGGGGCAGUCGGGGCGGCGGAGUUGCAGCACGUGCAUGCGGUCGUCGGCGGCGGCCCCGCGGGCGCGGCGCGGCGCGCCGCGCUCGCAGAUCUGAGGGCGAGCCAUGAUCGGGAGUUCCAUUUCGCGGGCAAGACGUAG